AUACAAAUCCAGUCUUGGACAGAUAGAUGCAGAUGCCAUACAUAUAGAUUCCUUCAAAAACGUGUGAAACUCAACACUGUCUUGCACUUUCUCUCUCCCUUUUCUCACUGUGCAUAUGAAAAAGAAGAAGAUUCUUUAAGAUCUAAUAGUUCCUCCCUCUCACUUUGCUUUGGUUUUGGUUCUUCAUUUAAAGAUAGCCCACAGCUAUCUUUUUUCUUUUAUCUCUCAAUUACACUUUGCCCCAGUUCGGUUAUUUUCAUUCAAACCCAGUAAGCUCUUCUUCGUUUUAAGCUUGUUUCUUGUGAAUACAUUUCUGGAUUUUUAUUAACAUUGUGUUUCUUUUCAUAUUUUUGGGAUCUGAAUUGUGGGUUUUGCUUGUUUUUGCGGUGGUUUUAAUGGGUCGGUUUCAGUUUCUUAUCUUUAAUCCAAGAAUGUUAAUGAUAUUGAUUCCUUUGUAAUCCAAGUUUGAUUCUUGAUGGUUGAAUUUGUUCAGUUUUUAUGCUCUCUUUAUUUUUUUUUUGGACUCAGAUCUGUUUAGUUCAUUAAAGUUACUACGUAGCUGUCAUUAAAGAGCAUUAGUUACAUGCUUUUUAGUGUUUUUUUCAUAUCCUUUUCAUUUCAUGGUUGUCAAUCAACUGGUUACAACUGUACGCAGAUAACAUGAUGGUUUGAUGAGUUUUCCAAAGUGUUUGAUUUUGACAAGUUUUUGAAGUGAGUUGUGUUAUUCAUUCAAUUGAAUUGAGCCCCCUGAUGGUAGCGACAAAACAAAUUUAUUUUGAAAACAAAAUUUGAUGUUAGAUUGAGUAGGAUAAGGAGAUUUGUGCUUGUGAAAAUUCAGUGCUCAAGUGAAAACAGUUUGUGAAGAAAUCAUAGUACUAUAAGAAGGAUGAGGGGAAGAUCUGAUGGAGGCCAAAAGAAGAGAUUAAUCACCUCUGUUUGUGCUGUGGCAAUCUUUCUUGGUUUUCUCUAUGUAUAUUAUGGAUCUAUUUUUGGGUCUUCAAGCAAUGGUGCUUCAGCACUAGAAUAUGGCAGCAAAUCUCUGAGAAAAAUUGGAUCAUCUUAUUUGGGUGGAGAUGAUGAAUCUUCAACCAAAUCUGGACUGGAGGAUGGAGAUGUUGUUCCAAAAACGUUCCCUGUUUGUGACGAUCGACAUUCGGAAUUGAUUCCUUGCUUAGACAGAACCAUCAUAUACCAAAUGAGAUUAAAGCUUGACUUGUCGGUAAUGGAGCACUACGAACGUCAUUGCCCCCCUCCUGAAAGGAGAUACAAUUGCUUGAUCCCUCCUCCUCCAGGAUACAAGGUCCCAAUUAAGUGGCCUCAAAGCAGAGAUGAAGUGUGGAAGGCAAAUAUUCCCCAUACUCACCUUGCACAUGAGAAGUCUGACCAGAAUUGGAUGGUGGUAAAAGGUGAAAAGAUAGUAUUUCCGGGGGGAGGCACCCAUUUUCACUAUGGAGCUGACAAGUAUAUUGCUUCGAUUGCAAAUAUGCUCAACUUUUCGCACAACAACUUAAAUAAUGAAGGAAGAGUCCGUACAGUUCUUGAUGUUGGUUGUGGUGUUGCAAGUUUUGGAGCAUAUCUUCUUUCUUCUGACAUUAUAGCAUUGUCAUUAGCACCCAAUGACGUUCAUCAAAACCAAAUCCAAUUUGCCCUGGAAAGAGGAAUUCCUGCAUAUCUUGGUGUUCUAGGGACAAAAAGGCUCCCUUACCCGAGCAGAUCAUUUGAACUUGCUCACUGUUCUCGUUGUAGGAUUGAUUGGCUUCAAAGGGAUGGGAUUCUUCUUCUUGAGCUAGACCGGUUACUUAGACCUGGAGGCUAUUUUGCCUACUCGUCUCCAGAGGCUUAUGCACAAGAUGAAGAGGAUCUCCGGAUAUGGAAAGAGAUGAGUGCCCUUGUGGAACGUAUGUGUUGGAGAAUAGCUGCAAAGAGGAACCAAACUGUCAUUUGGCAAAAGCCUUUGACAAAUGAUUGUUAUAUGGAACGAGCACCUGGUACAAAUCCACCGCUCUGUCGGUCUGAUGAUGAUCCAGAUGCAGUUUGGGGUGUGCCAAUGGAAGCUUGUAUCUCUCCUUAUUCUGACCAUGAUCAGAAAGCCAAGGGAAGUGGUUUGGCUCCUUGGCCAGCGAGAUUGACAUCUCCUCCUCCAAGGCUUGCUGAUUUCGGUUAUUCAAAUGAAAUGUUUGAAAAAGACAUGGAAACUUGGCGCCAGCGGGUAGAGAAUUAUUGGAAUCUCUUUAGUCCAAAGAUUGAGGCCAACACUUUGAGAAAUUUGAUGGACAUGAAAGCAAACAUGGGAUCUUUUGCGGCUUCUCUAAAAGAGAGGAAUGUUUGGGUGAUGAAUGUCAUCCCUGAGGAUGGACCAAACACACUUAAGUUGAUAUAUGACAGAGGCCUCAUUGGCACUACUCAUAACUGGUGUGAAGCCUUUUCCACAUACCCUCGAACCUAUGAUUUACUCCAUGCUUGGACUGUCUUUUCUGAUAUUGAGAAGAAGGGCUGCAGUGCUGAAGAUUUGUUACUCGAGAUGGAUCGCAUUCUCCGUCCCAGGGGUUUCAUAAUCAUUCAGGACAAACAACCAGUUAUAGAUUUCGUAAGGAAGUAUUUAUCAGCUUUGCACUGGGAAGCAGUAGCAACUGCUGAUUCAAGUUCGGAUUCAGAACACGGAGGAGACAACGUCGUGUUUAUUGUCCAAAAGAAAUUGUGGCUCACAAGUGAAAGCAUCCUGAAUUCUGAAUAGAAUAUUUCCGGAUUACAAUUCCCACGUACUCUCAUUAUAUCUUCUUCAGCAGCUCCAAGGUACUAAGAAGCUCUCCUAUUACUAAUCCGGCAAACAAUUUCAUUUUGUGGCAUUAAGCAAUGGUUCAAAUUGUUUUUUCUUUUUUACCCCUUUUUCCUUGUAUUGAAUUACUUUGACAAGCCAUGAAAUGAUCAUCAUCUAUAUAGGCUAUUCUUCAAACAGAUCUCACUUUGAUGCCGUCCAAAGCUUUGCUUCGGCUGAUCAUGGUUACCAAUUACUAUAUUAUUCCGACUCUUCGUUUUACUUGAACAACAUGCGUAUCCCGACAUAAGUAUAAGAAUAUAGUGGAAGAACUUGAUGCUCGAGUUUGAGUAAA